CCAGUAAGAAGCCUCGACGUACCGACACCGAUCAAAAGCAUGUCGAACCCCAACGGACUCAAGCGUUCUCCGUCCACCGUAACUCUCGCAGGCGCGGGUUCACCUCCCCCUUUUCCCGGGCUGGCUUCAUCUGCGAACCCUAUCGCCUCGGGCAUCGGUCAGGCCGUCGCAUCAUUUGCCAAAUCACUGGGCUGGUCCCAGCCCCCGCCUGCCGCGGUCGUUGUGGAGUACAGAAAUACAGGGCAGGUGGUCGUGUUCAGCAGGCCACGGCUCGCUAAGCUGCCUUUCUACGGAGCCAUCAUGGCAAUUUGCGGAGCGAACCAGACUGUCGAGGCAGCGGUGUUUUUUGAAGAGGAGGGCAAGCCGGGCAGCAUCCGUGCAAAGAUAGACCCAGAUUCCUGGUCGGACAUCGUCCACCAUAUUGUCAAGAUAUACGUCGUCUCGGCCUCUCCUCCGGGUAUGGGCAGGUGAAUGCCGUUCGUUGGAGAAUGCAACAAGUGAAUAUGCGGAGGGUGCAGGUAGUGGCGGCCAGAGCUACGGCCAAAGCUUUGUUGGCGGUACGCUCCACCACCUGAUCAUGUCUAUUCUGUACCUUGGUUUUGACUCGGACACGUAGCCAUCACCGGACGACCCAUGCACGAACAUUUUAGUAACCUAGCUUUCUCAACCAGUAAUAUCUUUUCUCAGAGCAUGCACCUAGUUUUCUCGUUAUAUUUACGAGUCCCUACCGUUUGUAAACUAAGGCACUUGAAUUUGCAGGUGCUCCGAUAUCGGGGUACUGCCCUUUAUACAUACAGUGGAGUUUACAGAUUCUUGCCUUCGUCAACUCGUCUUACUCAAUGUUAGCAAUCGC